CUUGCAUUCCCGUCACCAAGGUCCAGUAAAGCUGUUAAUCAUAAUAUCUUACCUCACACCGCUUGUUUAAAUUCAACCCUCAACCCUCAUCUUCCAAGAUGGCCUCGCCUCCAGAUGACAUUGCAGCCUCGCUCGCUGCAUAUUGCUCAUUCAUCUCAGCGCAGAACCGCCGCGCUCUCGAGAUAUACGUACCAUUCAUUGCUACCGCGGUCCCUGACGAUCUGGAAGACGACGAUGAAGUCGAAGAACUUCGCCUGGACGGCCUCAAUACGCUUCUUGACACCAAUCUCAAAGACCUUGGCGUUUCAGAUCCCGGCGAGAUUCUUGCACGUUUCGAUGAGCUGGCGCCGAAGAUUGGCCUCGACGGUACUUACGUGAUGCAAGAGCACGAGGGCACCUCUGAGGAACGUGAUGCUAUUCGUCGCGAGUACCUAUUCGUUAUCGAGGAGAGUCUGAAGCGAAAGUCUAGAGAGGACGUGCGAGAUUCCAUCUCAAUUCCCGAGGACUUUCGCGCGCUGGCCGGGCUUGUUGACGGUAUUGUGGGCUACGGGCUGCCCGUCUUUCGGAACAGGGCCCAUCCGGCCUUCUGGUGGGGUUGCCGAGAUGAUCUGUGCCCGCACGCGGGGAGGGUGAUGACGCCUGAAGAUUUGACGCAACAUGCGGCUCUCCCGGAGUGCUGGCAAAUCGCGGGAGGAUGGGCGCCAGGUACAGGGCCUGACGCCAACUUCAGCAUUGUGUAUAGCCGGGAGUCUGACGAAGAUCCUUGGAAGUGGAGAUACACUCUUUCCACAUUGGAUCACGGCUUGCAGAUCUUUGAGAGGAUUCCAGAAGUUUUGGCUUGGUACGCGCAUUUCAGGCAAUCCGACGAAGUUCCCGGGCCUGACGAGCUGGACGCCAACACUCUCCUUUUCAGUCAGAUUUAGCCAUGGUUUGUGGCCUCAAAGUCAAAGUGAAUGAAGAGGAAAUGAUUGCUAGAAUAAAUGACUUCAACACCAUGAUAUACAGGCGAUCUCAGUGAGGCCUACAUCUUUUUGUCAACUCACUCCCCAUUAGUUCACAAUGCUUACAUAGAACGGCUCUGUGGAACAACUCAUCAAUUUGAUCAGGUCGCUAUGUGUUAUGUGUAACCACGAAGGGAAAAUGGGGAGUACUGUCAAAAAAUUUGUUGAGGAAGUCAAUAGGUCGGGUCUUUUAGGGCCUUCACAUACUUACUCUGCAAUGCUGGUGAAAAUGACACAUGAAUAAUCAUGAGCAAAAGGUGGUUGAGAGGAUCGGCGACGUGGCAGCACCAAGUUGCAGAGACCGUGAACCCACUUAACAGUACAAGACUUUUUUCAAAAGCGAUAAUCAUCGUUAGGAGGUAGUAUUAGCUUCAGAUGACCUCCUACCUGAGGCAGGUGUUCUUUUCCCAAGGUG